CCUUUUAUUCAGUACUUUUGCAAUCUCCUUUUGCCACAAUAACAGCUCUGAGUCUCUCCUAUAAUGCCUGAUGAGUUUGGAGCUCACCUGACAAGAGAUCUUUGGAGAGUCUUUGGCUACUCAAACCAUCCUCCUCACCUUGCAUAUAGACACACAUCCUCUUCGAGGCAGAUCUGUGGCAUUUUAAACAGUACAUAUUUAUUUUUACAGACUUCUUCGAUCAUAUUAACUAAGGGUGCCAAUAAUUCUGACCACAACUGUAAAGUAGAACUUUUAUGUGAGAUCUCACAUGACAUAUCAGAAUGUGAGAUUCCACUUGCACGCUUGAUUAGAAUUUGAAAUUCGAUCAAACUGAAUAGAAUUGAACUGAAUAGAAUAGGUAAGUGAUAGCAUUAAUUGGUCAGGUGUUGAUGAAAAAGAUGCGUCUUUAGACGUUUUUGAAAAUGGCUGCUUGAAUUGAGAUGGGCAGGUCAUUGCAACAUGAACUUAUCUACAAAUACCACAGUUAAAUUCUGGAAAAAUGAAAUAUAGCCCGCAUAAAUCUGGUAUAACAGCCUGUGAAUUUCGUAAUUUGUGAUUUGUAGAAUAGGAUUUAUGCACCUGCAGUGAAGAUUUUGAGAAGGUUUUGUUGGUUUGAGAGAGAAAGAAACAAAAUACAAGUUUGCAAUUCCUAAAACAUUUUCUUGAUGACUUUACUGAAAUAUUCUCUACAAAUACAAAUUCCACGGUCGCAGGUGCUCAGUUUUGCUACAAUAAUUCUAGACACAAUAGACAUGUACUGUAUGCAAAUAUAAAAAAGGGACAUAAACAACUGAAUAUUCAGGGAUGCAAACUUAUCACCUUUAAGUGAAAAUUGUAAUUUUGAAUCUAAAAUAGAUCAUUUGCGUGAUUUGUGUAGAUCCAGAGUUUUUAAAAGUGUGAGUAGUAAGUAGUAAAAGUAGUAUUGACUCAUUUUAGAUACCUGCUGAAAUUGACUUCUUUCAAAUGCUCCUGUGUGUAUAUUUGUGGUUUGGAAUUAGUAAAAUGUGCUUAGAAAAAAAAUAUAUAUAAUCCGAAUAUUGACUGGCUAUCGACUAUAAUGCACGCUCUGUAUAAUCCAUUCACAAGUGGAAUAGUGACAACCGUAUUUACCCAAUUACAGGAGUCAAUCUGCUGAAACAUUCUGCGAGUCACUUCUUAAACUGCUAUGAUUGAGAUGAUAGACUAAUAGACUAGCAAAAGCAAAAUUUAGCAGCUUCAACAUUUAGAUAAAAACUUGAAGCACUUUUUUCACGUCGUUUUUUGUUUAAAAUAGACCUAUAUGAUGUGACAGAAAUCGUCCACUAACUAGCAGAUGGCAUAUUUUACAUGUUAUUUACAUUAAUGAAGAUUAGAAAUGUACAUUUUACAUAAAAUGUUGUCAUUUUAUAUGAAAAUAUACAAAAUAUAAUAUUUUUGAUGCAAUUAAUUAAAAAAGUACCCCCCAAAUGCUGCACAACUUUAAAGAAACUGUAAUUAUGGAGUGAUAUUACAUGUAUAAAAAGCAAUUAAAAAUUAACUUUGUGUAUGACUGAUAUUACAAUUGUGGGUUAGGUAUAAAAUAACUUUUUUAUUUAUUUUUUUAUUUGUAACUUGACACUAUUUAAAUUUGCCUAUAAUUUACUUAAUACCUCUUUGUGUGUAUUUGAUUGUAAAUGUUAUAUGGUUUGUGCUAAUCAUGUAUUUGUAACUGUUUACAAGCUGUAUUGUAUAAAUAAUAAAGAAAUUAUGACUGAAUGUGAUGUGUUUAGUAUAUUAUUAAUAAAUUAUUACAUAAUACAGGCUAAUUUAUCUAUGAAGUAUGCGAGAUUUCUAAAAGGAGCAGAAAACGUUUAUUGUAUAACGUCGGUUUACCAACUGAAAUCAACAUCGUUUCAACGUUAGUGAAGCAAACCAAUGAGAUCGAUUUUAUGUUGAAUACCUGUUGAUUCUAUGACGUCGUUUCAACCAACCGAAAAUCAACGUCGAUUCAAGGUUAGGUGAGUCAACCAAUUGCGUCGAUUUUCCGUUAGAUUUGAAUGGAGCGCCUGACGUCGGAUCAACAUUACCCCGAUGAGCAAACUGAUGCCGGAUCGACGUCGGAGAUCAACGUCGUUUCGACGCCACGAGAAACAUCGAUUCUACGUUGAUUCGAUGUCAGUUUGCUAUCUGGGUUAGGCGAGCUGACUGACGUUAUCAAGUACGCUGCCGUUCCAUUUGCAGAAUUACGGACUUAUGUUCUCCUGUCCUCGAGAGUCCGUACUCCCGAGUCGAACUUGCGAAGUCCGAACUACCGAGGAUGCAAGUCCGAACUUUGCGUACUUGGUAUUGAGAAACGGCCUAGGUCUCUGCAGCAAAGUAAUGGGAGUUACCAGAUCGGGGCGUUUUUUGACCAUGUUACUUGAUUGGCUGACGUCAUAGUGACGGUAGGUUUAGGGGUGGGGUUAGGUCAGGGGGAUCAUUUUGAUUGCAUGAUUUAGAAACACCCAGCAGCUUGAAAAUGCCUAGCAAUUCAGAAACACCUACUUUUGCUCUGCAGAGACCUCAAUCUCGGACAUUUGCUCGUGUGCGCGCUUGACCCAUCUGGAAUAUUUUUCACAGACGCCAUUUUCUUAGACUCGCGAUGCGGAACCAACAUGAUCUCACAGAAUUCCGUGUAAUGUUCACGGACUUAAUUAACCCCGAAUCUGUGGUGGCAUCACGGAAUCGCCGAAAAUUCCGUGAUGGGCUGAGUAGCAUCUGCCUGCAAAACCGGAGGCUGCAUUUUUAGGAACGCAGUCCUAGGACCGCAUUUCUUGGUUUUUAGUGACAACGCCACCUACCGAGUUAGAGGACCAGCGAAGAUGGAUGACAGUCAGAGUUGAAGUGGAAGAAUUGAAUAGGGUGAUAGAGAAACAACUGAGAAAAGAGGGGAGAGCAUCCAGGUGUGAAGACGUCGUCCAUGAAGUUCUUUCUAUGUGGUUCACGUCAUGAACAAAUUAGUUUUUGUGUGUUCAAGUUCAACUGUUGUAAUAUAUUAUUUUAUAAAAUAUACACAAUCUUAAAUCUACCCCAGAGUCAUCCUUGUGUCUUCCCUCUGUACUUGAAAAUGUGGUUGAUCUAGUGACUGAAAAGACUAUACCAUGAUUCCUUGUUUAUUUUACACGAGUUAUUAUAUUAUGCUACUUAGACCCAAUGAUUACUCAACAUUCCUAGGAACCUGGGGCCGGAUUCACGAAAAUCUUCUUAAGAAAUAAGUUAAGAAAUUUCUUAAGAUAAAUUCCACGAAGUUCGUAAGAAUGUUCGCAAGUGCAAUUCUUGAAAAAUUCUUAAUAAGUUCUCAAAUAUAUUCUUAAGAACAUCUUAAUAUUUUUCUUAAGAAGAAAAUGACAGUCUUUAUCUGAGUGAAGACAUGAUGCACUGAUAAACUCACUGCGCUUCCUGCAGAUUACCAUAUAAUAAUCAUAAUAAGCAAGCACACUCUUUUUGUCGCGACUUUGACUGGCGCUCAGCUUCACGUUUUUAAUGCGGCGUGUUUUUGAACAGCCUGUCUGUCUCAAGCUGCAGCGAUCUGUUUGAUUCGUUUUUGUGCUGUGCUUUUGCGCUCUCAUCCGAGUGAACGCUUCCGGUUUGUGUGUCCGCGCUGCUACAGCGAACGCGUACUGUGUUCGGCACAUUCAUAUGCGCUGCAUACUGCCAAAGAUUAUGUCGUAUUUAUAGGCUAAAAUAAAAGCGUCCAAUUAAAGCUUCCUAUCUGACUUGUUUUUGUAGAGUUGCUACUGAGUUUUGAAGUCAGAAAAAUAGGCUAGUCACACAUAGGCUAGUCAUUCAUGACCGAUCAUUGUUUACAUUAUCAGUCAUCGCUGUCUCUUCAGAAAACUCGCGCACAUCCCUAUUAAUAGUCCUACUGUGUAUUAUAUGUAGCUAAUGUUGUUGUAAUGCUUAAAUAUAACAAUUAAUUUGAAAUAACCCAAUAAAUUUAUUAAAUAAUUCUUACUGUUUUGGAUUUAAGACAAGUCUGGGGCUGUCCUAAAUUUAAGAAGUUAUUUACGGUGAUUUUUAAGAAGAUUCUUUUCAAGAAUUUGAAUUCUUCUUAGGUUUUGUCUUAAGAACAAUCUUAUGAAAAAAGAUAAGAAUAUUCUUAAGAAGAAUUUUUGGGAAUACAAAAUAUUCGUAACUUUUUUCUUAAGUUAAAAAAUAAGAAGAAAAUGGCAGUUAAGAAGAAAUUUCUUCUUAAGAAUGUUUUGUGAAUCCGGCCCCAGAUUUAAUUGCAAUAAAGAAAAUAGUAUUUGGGUGUAAUAAAACUUUUUAAAAACUCUAAAAUUCUAAUGUUAAAACUGGGUGGAAAUACUGCCUUAGUGGCACUUUUUUCAGUCCUCCAAAACUAGGGUCCUGGAAAUGCGUUCCUGGGACUGCGGUUCUCCGGCUCGGUAGGUGGCGCUGUCACAAAAAACUAGGGUCCUGAAAGUGCGGCCUCCGGUCUCCGGUAUAGACCAAUUUCCUGUUAGUAAACAUUGUGAUGUUUUUCUGUGGGCAGAGCUUCGGUGGUGGUAGAAAGAUUCCCCUGACCGCUUCACUAACGCUAGCUAUGAAGUCUGUUAGCUUGUUUUUUUAACAAUAACUUGAGAAAUUCCGAUUUUACCUGCAUAUAAGGGCUGCAUACCUGCAUACUGUCCGGGACUGCGUUAUUUGAAAAGGUUAACUUUAACGGACGAAAUUGGCCGACCUGUACUCAGUCAAAGGAUGGAGGAUCUGACAGGAUUAACUUUACCUCCGCUUGAGUGACUCGCAUCUAACGUGUAGUAAAGAGAAACUCACCGUGUAUCUAUGAAGAUGUAAUAUAUGUUUAAAUUUCAGCAGGCAACUAUUUUUACAGCUACAUUAUUAUUCCAGCCACAAUUACUCAUAACAAUGUAUAUACAAUUACACAUGAUUAAGCAUAUAAAUCGUCCGUUUGUUGUUUUACACACAUGCACACAGACAUUAUUUCAUACACGACAUAGUACUGAGAUCCAUAAGAAAUAUUUAGACGCGCCCAUAACAACAAAAGACAAUACUUUAUUGAACCUUUUCUGAUAAGAAGUGUGCGCCUGCAAACGCGAGCUUUUCUGAUGAUUUUUCUGUCCAGUCCACUCUUUAUCUCGUUUAACCACAGCUGUCGUCCUUUAUUUUAUUUAUUUAUUUAUUGUCUGGCAGUGGCAGCAGCGUUAAAAUUUAAAUUUCAAUAUUUCAAAAUUCUGACUUUAUUCUCGCAAUUCCGAGAUUAUAUCUCACAAGUCUGAUAAGAAAAAUCAACUGGUCAUUCUCUCUUUUGAGUUAUAUCCCACACAUCUGGCUUUUCCCCUCAGAAUGGACAAACUCGCUAUUGUUGAGUUAAAUCGAGUUAUAAAGUCCGAAAUACGAAAUAUAAAGUUGGAAAAAAAAAGUCUCAAAAAAGAAUUGUGAGAUAAAAUAGGUAACGUGAUGCAAAUUGGUAUAGGUUUAAAUACUAUUUCAUGCUGUAACUGUAGGACAAAUAUAAUGUAUUCCCUAUGAACUGUAUAUGUGAAUAUUAUGUUGACCAAUUGUUUAAAUCAAAUUCAUGCUUUAAAAGUAGAGUAAUCAUAGCAGGUUUCAUUCAUUAGUCUGUCCGUUUAAACUUCUGCGUUUAGCUUCAAAUGGCGUUUUUGACGACAGUAUUCUAUAAAAAAUUAUUUGCAUUCCGAUUCUUUUUUUUCUUUUUCUUUUUUGCAUUCCGAUUCUGACAUCCAAAGGCACAACAGUACAUUUUAUCUCUUAUUCUGUGGAUCUUUCCCGUUUCACUCCGCUUGUUACCAUGUGUUUCUGCCACCACAAUGCGCGCGCAGCUGCGUGUGAUGUAACUGUGACGUCUACAUGAAAUUGGUCUAUUGCUAUACAAUAUAGAUUGUAAUGCCUUAAGUUCAAAAUUGCCACCUUAACACGGCCAGAACGUGCGCGUUGAGAAACACGUUCAAAUAUGUCGUCUUAAUGCGGUCAAACUGUGCGUCUUUACACGCACCAAAUAAACGCGGCAAAAAUCGACGCCUUAACACGGCCAAAAUGUGCGUGUCUAUACGUACAAAAGAAACGCGUUUAAAUUUGCCGCGUUAACGUGGACAAAUUGUGCUUGUAGACACGGUUAAAUUUCACGCGUUCCGUUUGAAGACUUUUGGCCCCGACGGCCUUCCAUAUAUUGCAGACGGAUAAUAUUGUGGGGGAUGGGCUCACAGAAAGCAUCAGCCGUGGUCCACGCACGGAUUCACUGGUUCAACACCAGCGCUGCAUCGGACUACGUAAAAAGAGUGACUCCGAUGCAGUUAUAUUUUGUAUAUAAAUUUAUACUUUCACUGGAGUACCUGACCCCACCCCUACCCUAAACCUACCCACUUCUGAACAAUAAUGAUGACGAUAAAUUUCCCUUUAUCGCGUCGGGAUAUUGAUGCUAAGGGUUUCCUAUUUAAAGUGUUGAACCAUCCGUGCGUGGAGCACGGCUGAUGCCUGUCACUGACUUGCAUUGGUAUUACUUCUGUGAGCCACCACAGAUUCGGGGGUUGAUUAAGUCCGUGGUUAUUACACGGAAUUCUGUGAAAUCAUGUUGUGCGGAACAUAUGAGGACGGAAAACAGCGAAAUUAAGUGUUUAAUCUUAAUCACAAUAUUUGUUUUGUAAUAUCAUAUCGUUUUAUAGCGAUAUUUAUGAGGUGUAUGCGCCUAAACGUUUUUUAAAGACAUUUCUUCCACUCGCGAGGCGGACCAGACGAGGACGUUUCUUUUUAGGAAACGCCGAAAGUUAAGUGUUUUAUCUCAUUUAUAUUUCACAACAUCAUAUUGAUUUAUAGCGAUAUUUGUGUGAUGUGCACUCCUAAACCUUUCUCAGAGAGACAUUUUCUUUCACUUGCGAUGCAGAGCGGACGGGGGAGUUGGUCUUCUCAAGGAAGACACUGAAUGAGUUAAAUUGUUUGUCAGUUAAAUUGAUUUUGUGCCCUCACAAGUCUUGGAAUAUGGCACACGAGUCGCAUAAACUACUUGAGACACUUCAUUAUCUUUUUUUUUUAAAAGCAUGAACGUGUUUUGUGUUCAGCAAAUGUGAAUCAUAUAGUUUUGGAAUUACAAUUUUAAGUUAACUGUUCCUUUAAUAUUGUUACAGAUGGUUCAUGCUGGUUUAACAGAAAAAUCGAAAGGAGAUGAUGUGCUUGAAGAGUAUGAAGCCACCAAGGCAUUAAGUGGGAUGAGAAGUGUUUACACAUACCAGAGACAUGGAUGCCAUGUAUGACUGUUGCAGUUGAUCCAUGAAAGCAGCGCUGUAGCCUUCUUUCUUCAAAUCAAUCAGCUGUUGCUUCCAACACAACCUGAGGAACAAGGUUUAUAGGGUAUCCUCAAAUGCUUUCGGACUAAGAGGAACAGCCACGCCUACUUUGCAACAAGUAUAAGAAGCAGUAGAAACUUAUAACUGGCAACUCUUCCAUAACUGAACGAUGGCCAACGAUAGUAGCAGUGUACUGGACAAACAAACAGACGACAACAUCUGUGCCACGGAAAAUGACGACAAUCAACCGAAAAAUCCAGGCAUCCCUUUAUCCAGAAAACUGUGCUAUGCGGUUGGAGGAAUGCCUUAUCAAAUGACUGCAAACGCCAAGGGCUUUUUCAUGCAGAUCUUUUUACUGGAUGUUGUGAAGAUGGGAGCUUUCUCUGCAUCCAUCAUUCUCUUCCUUGGUCGAGCUUGGGAUGCUAUUACGGAUCCUCUGAUUGGAUAUGCCGUGAGCAAGAGUGGUCGGACCAGAAUUGGCAAACUUAUUCCUUGGAUUGUGUUCACAAUGCCACUUGGGGUCCUAUCAUACGUUAUGCUCUGGUAUACCCCACAGGACACCAUGUCCUCUGGCUUCACGUUCGGCUGGUACUUCACAUGGUGCUGUCUGUUUGACUCCUUCAUGAGUUGCUACCAUGUGCCAUAUUCUUCCCUAAACAUGUUUCUGGGGGGGAAUCAGAAGGAUCGUGAUUCAGCCACUGGUUACAGAAUGGGCAUGGAAGUGUUUGCUACACUGGCGGGAGCUGCCAUCCAGGGUCAGAUAGUGGGGGUGCACCAUGCCAAGAGGACACACAUCUGCAGUUUACAGAACGACACGGAAGGGCCUUCUGGGAACCAGACUGAAACGCUGGAUGGCAUAUCUGACACUCUACAAAAUACAAGAAAAGCGUAUUUGACUGGAGCAUUAGUUUUGGGAAUGCUGUACUUUCUGUGCUGCCUCGUCCUCUUUCUUGGCGUGAAGGAGCAGUUGGCCCCUCUGAGUAAACUGGACCGCAUAAAUGUCUCCUAUCUAACUGGAAUGAAGAUGAUGGUGAGACACACUCCAUAUGUGCGGCUUGUAUUUGGCUUCCUAUUUGCUUCACUAGCCUUCCAGAUGGCUCAAGGGAAUUUCGCCCUCUUCUGUACUCACGCAGCGAAUAUGGGAGAAUAUUUUCAGCAUCUUGUUCUUGUAUUACUGACAUCAGCUACAAUAUCCAUCCCAAUGUGGCAGGCUCUACUGGUCAAAAAAGGCAAGAAGACCACCAUAUUCAUCGGCCUAUCAGUUUAUAUCCCAGCUCUAAUUGUGAUAUCCCUAGUGAAAAGUAAUUUACCUGUCUUCAUUAUUAUGUCCAUGGUAGCUGGCACAAGUCUGGCAGCCCUCUAUCUACUCCCUUGGUCAAUGUUGCCAGAUGUAGUGGAUGACUUCAAAGUCAAGAACCCGUCAUGCCAGGAUCUAGAACCAUUGUUCUACUCCUGCUAUGUUUUCUUCAACAAAUUCGGAGGAGGCAUGUCUGUUGGAGUCUCUACCUUGGUUUUACAUUUUGUAGGAUACAAGUCUGGUGCUUGUAAACACAAUCCAGAGGUCAUAUACUCGCUGCGGGUGCUCUUCGCUCCUGUGCCAAUCUGCCUACUGCUCAUCAGCUUGGUAAUUUUUUGCUUCUAUCCCAUCAAUGAAGAGCGGCGACAGAAAAUCCAAGACGCAUUAAGGAAAGCAGGGACUGUGACCGGUUUGAAAGAAGAAGAAGAACUAAGCCUAUGAAGUAAUGAGUGGCUUUCACUGCUUUUGUAACACUGCUGAACUGUUGAUCAUGACCAUUCUCUGUUUUCACCUCAGUGUAAAGGCCUUUUCAUUGGGCAUUGUGAAUAUUUUUCAAUCCUGCUCCUGGGGACCCCGACCUUAUUUAGGAGUCUCACUAAUCAUGCACAAUUAGCUCAGGUCAGGGAGAUCUCUACUAAUGAGCUGAACCUCUACUAAAGAGAUGAAUAAAAGAGACAAUGAAAAUGUGCAAUGCUGUUGGGCCCUCAGGACUAGAAUUGUGAAAUAUUACUGCACUUAAAGGUGCAGUGUGUAAUUUCUGCACCAUAUGCAGACAAACAGAUAAUCCUGCAUCAAACCCAUAUUAAGCUGAUUGUAAAAAGUGUUUAUAUCAACCAGUGAAUAAAUGGCUUACUGAUAACUGUUUCUGCAUAUUACAAUUUUUUAAAAUUACUUACACACUAAAGGUUGUAGGCUACUUGAGGCACAAUCUUCAGACCAAGUCUGCAAAAAUGCUAGGCACAUUAUCUGUUCUUGUUUAAUUUGCGAAAAACUGCUAUUUAAAUGCCACAAUUUUUUUUCCAACUGCUUACACACAAACAGUGUGUUGCCAACUUAGCAAUUUUGUUGCUAUAGAUUUAGCAACUUUUUCUUCCAAAAGCACCUAGCAACAAGUUUAGCUAUUUUUUAUAUUUAUUUGGCAACUUUAAGCAACUUUUGAUAAGUGACACAAACAAUAAAAAUGCAUGCAUUUUCCACCUAAAUUACACAAAAUUACAGACUUCUCUUAUCGAGUGUAGCAUACUACUAAUACACUGCUUAAAACUUUAAUUGUUUAGAAUGUGUAGUUUUACUAGCUAUUAAAAAUGUAAAACUUAAAUUGUAAUCGUUCAAAAGUGUGUACGUUUAUUAAUUCAUUGAAUUAUUGAACAAUUAAAUUUUGUAUUUAAAAUAGUUAUAUUUUAAUAUUAUAUUAGCAUUUAUAUUAUUUUACGAACAAAUCUAAAUUAACAUAUAUAAAAUAUAUUUUUGACUGAGAUUUGAUGUAGUGACAGAAUUUUGCAUCGUGAUUACGUAAUAACAUCAUUGCGCAAUGACAUCACAACAUCAUUUAGCAACUUUUAGCAACAAAUCGGCCUUCCUUUAGCAACUUUCCCUGAAAAUUAGUUGGCAACACUGCACACAAAAUCGUUACUUGUCACACAAUUUCGGAAGCCUGACACUCAAACACCAGAACAACACACCAAAUCUGUAAAACAAUACACUAAUUCUCAGCCUUUGACUCAGUUUUCAAUUUCAUAAAACACUUUUUGCAAUACACAACACACAAUUCCCUAACAGGAAUUAAGGCAAAGGUGUUUGCAAAUGUUUGCUUUUGAGAUGUGUUUGUGAUAUUCUGAAUGCAGUGCUUCGUUUAGCAAGAGAUGUGAGGCAUUUUUGUGUGUGCAAUUCUUGGAGGCAAAUUUUUGAAAAUGUAAGCAGUUGAAAAAAACUGUAAUUACUGAUUACCUACACCCAAUGAUCAUGUGUGAAAACAGUUAUACAUGAUAUACAUAAUGUAAGUCUACCUAUUACAAAAUUAAAUGUUUUGUGAAACAAAUAGUAAACUGUGUGAAUAUAUAGGCUACUGAAAAUGCAUCCAAGUCACCUUUUAGUAUCAAAUUCUGCCGUAAGGCAGCUCUAGUAUGCCAAGACUGUCUCAAGUAAGUCAGUGUUGAUUCAGUUCAGUUCAAGGAUGCUUUUCAAGUUCUGCAGUGCUCGUUGUUAAAGUUAAAAUUGGUUUUAAACUCAAAUAGUAUAUGAUUUUUAGUCGUCUUAGUAUGUUGUCUUUAGGUCUUAGUAUGUGCUUUCUCUGCUUAUGUUCCUUGGGCUUGGAAUGAAUUGCAAAAUGUAAUUACACUUCCAACAUUGAGUACUUUUAAAUGUCUUUUGUAUAAUGUUUUAAAGGAUACCUGUAAUUGUUUUUCAUGAUCAGAUUUUAUUUAUGAAUUAUGAUUGUGUAAUUUGUGGUACUGUCUCUGUGAUUCUUUUGUAUGAAACUUUAUGUGCUGCCGUCUUGGCCAGGUCUUACCGGAAGAAGAGAUAGCAAUAUCUCAAUGUGAUUUCCUGGUUAAAUAAAGGAAAUAAUAAUAACUGUAAAGCUCA